GGCGGCCACGGCGGCGCAGCCCGGAGCGAGCGAAGGCACGGCCGCCACUGCCGCAGGAGGCGCGAGGAAUAAGAGCAUUCAGAUGGCAGAUAACAGUUUUUCAGAUGGUGUGCCUCCAGAUUCAGGGGAAGCUGCUAAGAAUGCAGGUGGCCCAGGUCAGUCAGCUGCACCUGAAACGCAGUUGGAGGGCUCACCUGCAGAAAAGCUCACAGAUCAGGUGAUGCAGAACCCACAAGUCCUGGCAGCUCUGCAGGAGCGACUUGACAGUGUCUCUCACACUCCUUCCAGCUACAUCGAAACCUUGCCCAGGGCCGUCAAGAGGAGAAUCAACGCGCUGAAGCAGCUCCAGGUGAGGUGUGCACACAUAGAGGCCAAGUUCUACGAGGAGGUGCAUGACCUGGAGAGGAAGUACGCAGCCCUGUACCAGCCUCUGUUCGACAAGAGGAGAGAAUUCAUCACUGGUGACGUGGAGCCGACAGACGCAGAGUCAGAGUGGCACAGUGAAAAUGAAGAGGACGACAAGUUGGCUGGAGACAUGAAAAACAAAGUAGUUAUAGCCGAGAAACCAGCAGCAGAAGAGCCAAAUCCCAGAGGAAUCCCGGAGUUCUGGUUCACCAUCUUCAGAAACGUGGACAUGCUCAGUGAGCUGGUGCAGGAAUAUGAUGAACCAAUCUUGAAACACCUGCAGGAUAUUAAAGUGAAGUUUUCCGACCCUGGCCAGCCUAUGUCUUUUGUGUUAGAGUUCCACUUUGAGCCCAAUGACUACUUCACCAACCCAGUCCUGACGAAAACGUACAAGAUGAAGUCAGAGCCCGACAAGGCCGACCCCUUCUCCUUUGAAGGUCCUGAAAUAGUGGACUGCGAUGGGUGCACCAUUGACUGGAAGAAAGGAAGAAACGUCACUGUCAAGACCAUCAAGAAGAAGCAGAAACACAAGGGGCGGGGCACUGUCAGGACCAUCACUAAGCAAGUCCCCAACGAGUCAUUUUUCAACUUCUUCAAUCCUCUGAAAGCGUCGGGUGAUGGAGAAUCACUGGAUGAAGAUUCUGAGUUCACGUUAGCCUCGGAUUUUGAGAUUGGACACUUCUUCCGUGAGCGGAUUGUGCCUCGGGCUGUGCUUUACUUCACUGGGGAGGCCAUCGAGGAUGACGACAAUUUUGAAGAAGGCGAGGAAGGAGAGGAGGAGGAAUUGGAAGGUGACGAGGAGGGAGAAGACGAGGAUGAUGCCGAAGUUACCCCCAAGGUGUAAUUUUUGUCUGUUAAUCAUUCAUACGUUCCUAGAAAGAGCCCAGCCAGCCAGCAGAGUGCAAGCAGCAGUGAGAGACCGCGGCACGGGUGGCGCCCAUGGCCGCUGUCAGGACGGGCCUGGUCCUGCUGCAGCAGGUGGACAGUGCUCACGACAUCUAACGCGCUUUCAAGUGCAUGACCUUGACUUUUCCUUUCCCUCCUUGUUUUGCUUAACUUGUACGGUGGCGACAGCGCACUCCAGGACCCCGGGGGCUAUAGACCCUGUGGGUGGAGCCGGGCGAGGGCCUGCCUGCCUCCCAGGCCCCCUGAUUUGAGGAGCCCACCCCGUUGCUGCCACAAGCCUGCUCAGAGCUGCCGCAGCCCUGGCGCUGGCCGUCCCAGUUCUUAGAGUGUUCUCUUGCGUUGUAGUCUCUAGGGGUCGGGUGGGUUGUGCACACCUCUGAGGCAGGAGCUUAGGGGCCCAUCCUCAUAUUUAUUUAUUCAUUGAUGCUUGGAGGACUUUGAACUCACUGUUACUUAUCCUUACCAUAGUGAGACCCGGCUGGUGUCUGGGCCAGAGGGUGUGCUGGUGGGAGCACUGCUUCCUGCUGCUCUGCUGAGGGCAGGAGCUGCUCCUGUGACCCACAGGCCUACUGUUGGGACGGCGGCAGCCAGAGGGCCAGGGUCCUCGUCCCCUCUGGAGGGGAGAGGGCAACAGUGGAGGUCACGUGUUGUUUUCUGAGUAACCCCACCUCUCACCCCACCACUCAUCCUGUCUUAAAGCCCUGGGUCUGGUUGACCAGUCAGCAGCUGGUGUGAGGUUUCCAAGUAUGUGGUGGUGCUGGUCUCUGGCAGCCGGGGACAGCCGUGACCAGGCGUGUAGAGUGCGCAGCCUUACCUGAUAACACAUUUGUACCUGAAUACGGUGUUUUCAAUUUGUACAGAAUAGUUAGAAUAUUCUAUUAAAGUUGUGAAACACGA